CCGAGGGCUGCCUGCGCUGGAGCGUCGGGCGCCGAGCGGGGUCCCCUCGGGCCCCCCCGCCGCCGCCUUGGAGGAGUCAAAUCCGGCUUUUGGACACGGCGAGGGUGGGGAUAUCCGGUGCCUGUGCGGCGCCGGGAGGAAGGAGGAGGGCGGAGAGGCUCCCGGCCAGUCUGCGCCGAGCAGAUUCAAAACAAAACACAGAGAUUAAAGGAGCAGCGGCGGCGCGGCGGCCGGGAUGCGGGGGCCGGGGGAGGGGCCGCCCCGCCCCGCCGCCGGAGCCCGCCCCGCUCCCCGCGGCCCGGCUGAGCUAGCGGGCGCCAAACGGGCAAUGCGUGCGCUGCGGACCAUCGUGGACAUGUCGUACGCCCAACACUUCCUGGACUUCAAGGGCUCUGCCAUCCCCCGCGCCAUGCAGAAGCUGGUGGUAACCCGGCUGAGCCCCAACUUCCGCGAGGCGGUCACCCUGCGCCGGGACUGCGCGGUGCCGCUCCCAGGGGACGGAGACCUCCUCGUCCGGAACCGAUUUGUUGGUGUUAACGCAUCGGACAUCAACCAUUCCGCUGGUCGAUAUGGCCCUUCCCUUAAGGUCCCCUUCGAUGCAGGUUUUGAAGGCAUCGGUGAGGUGGUAGCCUUAGGCCUUUCUGCUAGUGCCAGGUACACAGUUGGCCAAGCUGUGGCUUACAUGGCACCUGGCUCUUUUGCUGAAUAUACAGUUGUGUCUGCCAAUGUUGCAACUCCAGUGCCCUCUGUGAAACCCGAGUACCUUGCCCUGCUGGUAAGUGGCACUACUGCAUACCUCAGCCUGGAGGAGCUUGGAGAGUUGUCAGAAGGAAAGAAAGUUUUGGUGACAGCUGCAGCUGGGGGGACAGGCCAGUUUGCUGUGCAGCUUUCAAAGAGAGCGAAAUGCCACGUAAUUGGAACCUGCUCUUCUGAUGAAAAGUCUGCUUUCCUGAAGUCUCUUGGCUGUGAUCGCCCCAUCAACUAUAAAACGGAGAAUGUGGGUGCUGUCCUUAAGCGGGAGUACCCCGAAGGUGUGGAUGUGGUCUUCGAGUCUGUGGGGGGGGCCCUGUUUGACUUGGCAGUGAAUGCACUGGCCACCAAAGGGCGCUUGAUUUUAAUUGGGUUUAUCUCUGGCUACCAAACUCCUACUGGCCUUUCUCCUGUGAAAGCGGGAACAUUGCCAGCCAAACUGUUAAGAAAAUCUGCCAGCAUCCAGGGUUUCUUCCUGAACCAUUACCUUUCUAAAUAUCAGGCAGCCAUAGACCACUUGCUCAAGAUGUACGAACGUGGAGAACUGGUGUGUGAGGUGGACCUUGGAGCGCUGUCUCCAGGGGGCAAGUUUACUGGCUUGGAGUCUGUAUUCCGUGCUGUAGAUCAUAUGUACAUGGGGAAAAACACUGGGAAAAUUGUUGUUGAAUUACCUCAUGCUGUCAACAGUAAGCUGUAAAAACAGAACAAUGAUAUAAAUCAAAAGAGAACAAAAAUGGGCACUUGACGCCUCGGAGUUGCUAAAAACCAAUGUAUUUUUAGUUGGUGAUGGGUGUAAUAUUUCUUAAAACAAAAGUAAGGUGUUAAUGAUUCAGUUUCUCUUUUUUUUUUUUUUUUUUUUGCCUCUCAGAAAAAAAAAAUGUGCUAAUAAAAUUUGCUCGGAUGGCUAAGAGGUAAAAUGUGCACAUUUGAUUGUUUAGUCAUGGGCAGUCUCAUUCCAGCUUUUAUUGUCCCAGGGACUCAGUUAAUUCCUGAUGGAAGCACUGAUCAUGUCAGUAUGAUUUUAAAACUGGUCUUGAGAAUAGUUCAUAAAUUCUUUGCUUUGGGAUAGUGUGGUCUUACACUUACCAGUAGUUCAUACAUGAGAGAUAUAGCAAGUCAGCUGUAUAUUUUCAGAAUCCAUGUUAUCAGCAAGUCACCCCUAUUCUAUAAAUCAUCAGCCAACUGUCUCAAUAGAAAUUUGGGAGAAUCCCCCCCAGAUUUGACUUUGCAAAGUUAUUUGAAAAAAUGGUUGGGUGAAUACCAAAAACCCAUUGCUGUCAAGUCGAUUCCGACUCGUAGCAACCCAAUAGCCAGAAGUAUUUAAAGACAUAUCUAGUGUUUGAUGGCUUUUAUCCACACCCGUCCUGCUGAGGUAUAUGUAGAAACAAAAAUUUUCCUCUCCCCUUAAAAUUAAAAAGCAAAGCUGCGUUGAAAAUGUAUAUACACACAGCAAGCAGGUUUUCAAAGGGGAACUACAGAGCAGGAAAGGGAAGGGCUUGUACUGCAUCUGCACUGUGGUCCCGCAUGGACCACACCAGGGAAGCACUCUGUGGGCAUCACAGCAGGCCUGGGUGCCGGAAACAGGAAAUGUCAGAUAGCACCUUUGCAGUGGGGACUGAGUGAUCCAAAACAGCAGUGCAUCCGCUCAGCAGUAGAGGCUUUCGGAGGUGGAAGAUGCACUUCGUGUCUGGUCACAGAAACCAAGGUAGCUGUCACUGAUCCUGAUUCCCGUUUCCUGUCUCCAGAUACCAUCUCAUGUCAUCACUGACCACAUGUGGUAAGAGACAAGACAGGCCUGCUCUGCUGAGCCACGUCUGGGGUGGAUCUGUGUGCCUUUAACCGCCAGUGCACCGGAGAAGGCCUCAGAUGCCAGGGCUGAGCUGGUGAUCCCAUAGUGCCUUUCUAGUGUCAUGAAAGGCUCCACGUGAUUAUUUCCUCAAGUCCUGGCUUUCCCAGUAUGGACGGUGUUUAGAAAUCUCAACGUAAUUGAAGGUGCUCCAGGAAAGUUUGGGACCACAUUUAGUUUUUCCUCCCUUUCCUGGGAGGAGCCAGAAAAUUCUGCUGCUGAAGAGCUUUUAGUAUCUGUUUUACAAGAUUUACUCAUUUUCAGGUACCUAAUGUAGCUGCUAGCAUGCAUGCACAACAAUACAAUUUAUAUGGUAAAUGAAACCAAAUAAUGGCUUUACUGAAUGUUAUGGCUGCACUGGAGGGCAAUGUCACGGUAAAUAGCUGCCAAAUUAUGGCUCAUGCUGAAGUGUCACAACUGCACUAAAGACAAAUAGCACUAGAGGCUACUGCCACUGUGACGCUCCUGAGUUAUGAAGAGGAGUCGCUGCCCGAUGGGAGGCUCUUUGUGUCCUCAUUAUAGCAAAGGGUUACUGGUGCAGCGUACGCAGAGAGCACGCUCGGCCAAUGUGGGGCUCAGUUAUUAAUCUGUCCCUUUCAGACCUCACAGCUGUAGCAAAACGGAAAGAGACUUUGCCUGGCUUCUCUCUCUACAAACAAACAAAGGGGGAGAAAACAGGUUUUAUGAAUGUAACCACGCACGGGAAAUGACUGGUAAUGGAAAAAUGUCGUAAUAAAAUAAUCUAAUCAAAGGGUAUUAUUAAAUCCAACAUGGUCUAUGUCUGAAAGGCGUCGUUGCUUCUCAUGCAGAUAGAUGUGUGAAAUCUAGGCGAGGGUGCACUCUCUCCCCCAGUAAAGACUCAAGCGGUAAGGACAUUACCAACUAAAUUGCUUCUUCCAACCUGAAGUGAGUCCCGGUUUCUUUCAUUUUAAUGGGAGGGUAAUAAAGAUGAAAGACCAACAUUUAAAAGAAUGGAUCCCUUAAGCUACAGACUAGAAAUGUGUUAUAUUUUGAGGGAAUAUGCUGCAUUCAGCUACGUUAAAAAAAAAAAAAAAAAUCAAACAGCCAGGUUUAAAAUAAAAUCUAA